AGUGUUUCCAUAUCCCCGGCAGGUUCUUCCUACACCAAGCACCACCAGAGAGGCACGAUUAUUUAAUUAAGCCAGCGUGACGUCAUCAAUCAAGCUGUGACGUCAUCAUGGAUCCGGGACUCUGUCUGCUCCAGUCUCUCUUCCUCCAUAUUUAAGCGCCUCCUCCGGCCCCAGUCAGUUAGGGGAAAGCACCGUGUCCCUGCAGCUGCUCCUGACUAGCCAGCUGACUCCGUGGUGAGGAAGGCGGCAAGGAUUCAAGGUCCCUAGAUGCACCGGGAAUUUUUUCUGCACUGAGCUGGAGUACUCUGCUAUUGGCAACGUUAUACCUCAGUGUUGACAUAACUACAGUAGUGUGUGGAUGUGUGUCGCUCUGCUCCAGCUGCCCCACUAACUAAGGAUGACGAGCAUAUAAAGAAGCGGGAGGCGGCUUCAGCUCCUCCUGCGAUCCUAGCGGUCUUCCUUCCUUCAUGGACCACUCCUCCUCGCUCUCCGCCCCUCUCCUCCAGCAUGACCUCGAGGUGGCGGCGGCGGCGGGCUCUGACGGGGGCAAGGGAAGUAUCAGCAUCGACAGCAGCCCGGCGAGGAAGCGAGGGGCGGUCAAGGUGCGGGGGCUGGCGAGUCUGCUGGCCAUCAACGCGCUGGUGUGUGGCGUGGAGAUCGUAUCCAGCGCAGCCUUCACCUUCAUCCCCCCGCUGUUACUGAAGGCGGGAUACACGGAGACUGUCAUGACAAUUAUACUGGGCAUCGCUCCCUUCCUGGACAUGGGGACAGUGCCUCUGCUCGCCGAGUGGAGUGACCGGUGCACCUCUGCCCUUGGGAGGAGGCGUCCCUUCAUCAUGUUCCUGUCAUCAGUCCUUCUCUUCUCCCUCACACUCAUCCCUUACGGCCCCACCAUAGCCCUUGCGUUCUCCGAUGAGGCGUCUCCGAGGUUGAACAUGAUCAUCCUUGCCCUUGGUGUCAUCCUUCUGGACUACAGUUACCAGGCACUCUUCAACCCCUGUGAGUCCCUCCUGUCUGACCUGCUUGCCACAUCUCCUGAGUGGGAGCAGACGCGUGGGUUCACCGUGUACUCUGCCUCCAUCUCUCUUGGUGGCAUUCUGGGCUACCUCAUUGUGUCCAUUGACUGGUCCUCCACUGGGUUCCUCCUCGGGUCCCAGGAGCAGACGGCCUUCUCUGUGAUCUUUGUGAUGUUCCUACCGUGUCUGUUCCUGACGCUGUGCUUCGCCCGGGAGAAGCCCUUCACAUCCUCCUGUGGGCCACUGGGGCAUGGGCAGGUGGAGGCGGGCCUGGAGGGAGAGUACCUGAAGGCGCACACCAAGGAGAUGGCCGUGCUGGAUCUCACCAGGGACCUGCCGGCACUGGUGAGGGACCACCCCUCCGAUGGCGGCUACGAGAGUGGCUCCAGUGAGACGGAGGAGAUGGCGCCACUGGUGCUGCCAUCCUCUGAGAUGCUGCGAUGGAGGUACCAGCUCCUCGUCCAUCAGCUGAGCCGCCUACCGCACCUCACCCUUCAGCGCGUUGUCAAUGGGGUGCUGCGGCUGCUGUGGAAGCUGUUCCUGGUGGUGCUGUACCUGCCCUAUCAGGUGAUCAAACUGCCACAGGACACUUGGCGGCGAGUCAGCACGGCGCCCACUGUGCUGCGACGGCUGUUCCUGUCCGAGCUGUUUGGCUGGAUGGGCUUCAUGUGCCAUAACAUGUUCUUCACUGAUUUUGUGGGGCAGUACAUGUAUGGUGGGCUUCCUGAUGCCCCAGAGCACACCACGGGCGCCCUGCUGUAUGAUGAGGGUGUUCGCAUGGGCUCCUGGGGACUCUUCCUUCACAGCUUGACUGCCUGCCUGUACGCCUUCUUUGUCCAGCAGCACAUUGUCGACAUCAUAGGCCACCGUGCAGUGUUCCUCGGUGGCCUGGCUGGCUUCUCCCUCACCAUGCUGGCCACCAUUGUCUCACCCAACAUAGCCUUCCUCAACGCAGUCACUGCCAUGUCAGGGAUUGGAUUUGCUGCCCUCACCUCAACGCCAAACAUGCUCGUCACUCUCUAUAACUCAGACAGACAGCUGUACAUGUGGGACGAACAGAGCCCAGAGGGAGGCGAGGAGCGGGGCCUGGGGACAGACGUUGCGGUGCUGGACACUGCCUACUUCCUCUCCCAGAUCAUUCUCUCAGUGUGCAUGGGGCCGCUGGUGGACUUGACAGGCUCAGCGCUGCCCUACAUGGUGGUGGCAGCCUUCACUGGGCUCAUCUCUGUCUACUGCGGCACCAAGAUUGUGUUCACGGAUGCAGACCUGAGGCAGCUGCGGCUUGGUCUGUUCUAGUGGUGGUGCUGACUUGCCUUAGUAACCUGGUUGGGGGGAAGAUAGGGACUGUUGGGGACUCCUUGGGUGGGGAUCAAGGGGAGUUGUGAAGGGAGGGAGUUGAGGGCAGUGGGCAAGGAAGAGAGGUGCUAAAGUGACCGUUUCCAUGUCAAUCAAACUCACAUGAGGUGCUCACUUGUACAUCGAGGUGUUGAAAUGUGUGUUAGAGGACUGCACCAAGGCUAGCAUGUGCACUGUGGGGUGUAGGGGUGUACAGUGUAAAGGGAAGGGCGUACAGAGUGGUGUGUGGCAGUGUUCUUUACCGAGUGCUGGGAGGUUGGGUCUUUUAUCGUUGUUGUCCUUAGACGCCACACACUCACUGAUGCAGAGUUGUGAGCCAAGUCAGAAUGCCACUGAAGCCUUCCCAGUGAGUGUUCCAGUAUCACUCAUGCAACAGUAUUUGCAGUGGUUACGAUUACUUUGUGUAUUUAUAGCAAGUUGACUUUUUUAUACUUAUUUAUAUAUAUAUAUAUAUGAUUUUAUUGUUAUGUAUCAGCUUCCCUCGUAGGCAUGGAGGAGAGACACUGGCAAGGAAGGGGACGUGUCUCAGCCUGGGUAGUUUGUGGUGUGUUUGCUGAGUCACUGGGCCAAUUAAGAGUUGGGGAGGGGGGGCACCUCCACUCCCCCUGUACAUAUAAUCAAGGACACACAAACACUUGUGUCAACACUCGCACAUCUUUCAAGCCAUUAAUAACUGCACAAAUAUCUUUAAAAAAUCUUAUGUUAAUUCAGAUCUCUAUAAAAUUGACAUAUGCACAUUACUUGAAUGUAAGAGUAUUUCAUUUCACUUCGGACAUGAAUUACUGACACUUGUCAGAUUCAUAUCACAACAUUUAUAUGGUAGCUUGUCAUUUCAAGUGACCAUGCAAAACUCCAGAGAGGCGAGGGAAGCUGGUACUGUUGUGUUCAUGGUUGUCCCACUGCUGCGUAAGAAGACAGGACAGGAAGCAGACGUUUCUUGGCAGCAGUGAGGGUGACGUGUGCAGUGAGUGAAGGACCUGCGCCUCCCACAGACCCCUCUCAAGGCAGCAGGAUUCAAAUUUUAUCAAAGUCUUCCCAAACCAGUUGAAGUAUUUUACACAAGCCCUCUGCCCCUUGAAGUAUUCCUCCCCCACAGACCUCUUGUGCUGCUCCUCACCGCCAGUCUGCACCAUCAAUACAAAGAGAAUCCCUCCAUUUUUUAACACAAGAUAGUUGAUAACGCAUUCACUUUGACCCUCUGUCAGUACGCUGCGGUCCUGACAUUCCUUAAAUUUAAUGGAACAAAUCAAGUACCUGCAGAUGUUCUUUGUUCUCUACGCCACCUGUUUGGUCGGCAAGCCCUGUGUGGUGCUACGUGACCCUUGGUGGUGCUCAGGACUCAUCACGCACUCAUCACUCACUCAUCCGAUAACAUAAACAUGAGGAUUGUUGUGUCAUUGUAGGUCAAGUGUAAGUCGAGUCUUUCAGUGCUUUGGGAACCACAAGUACUCACUCACGCGCACAUUUCAAGCACAAACAAACUGCCGAACAAACAAACAGCAUUAACAUAUUGCCGCAUACCCACUUGCUUUCCAUCACGCGUUGCCCACGACUCGGAUGUCUGAUGCUCGCCUUGUAUUUGCACCUUUUGUUACCACUAUCUUGUUUUUCCUGCUCAGAAGACAGCCUGUGGUUCCCUCCUGCAGAGUACAGCAGGAAGGGAGGAAGGAGAGGCCGUUCUGAGUUUGGUGUUUCAGAUUAAGGAGUUAACCAGAAGGUGAGUCCUGUCCUUCCUCCCUUCACCUUCACCGUUCAUCAAGGAGAGAGAGAGGAAAGAUUAGCUCUCUCCUCUUGUUACGAGUAUUCCUGCAAGUGUACUUACGAUGACGGCUCACUGAAUUUUUGUAUCGUUACUCUUGUAGUGCUAAGACUGUUGAGUUUGUUUCAAUCAAGCAUAGAGGUGCUCAAAUUUAUUGUGCUGCCCGUGAUUGUUGUUACAUCUCUCAUGUGCUUGGGAUGCUGAGAACAGAAUUUGUCUCUAAGCUUUUCUGGUUCACCAUUUCUUUACAAGUUAUUCUAGUUACAAGAGUGUUACCAUUAAGGAAACUGCCUUGGAGAGAGAGAUUUUUUGUAUUGUCUUGCAGGUGAAAAAAAUGUGCCAUGUGAGGCAGACUGGGUGUGUGUGUGUGUGUGUGUGUGUGUGUGUGUGUGUGUGUGUGUGUGUGUGUGUGUGUGUGUAUUUACCUAGUUGUAUUUACCUAGUUGUACUUUAUGGGAAAAGAACUAUGCUCGUUCUGUCCCAUUUCCAUAUUUUUUUAAUAUCCACCUUAGCCUUGAAUCCAUGUAUAUUUUAUGUGUGUGUGUGUGUGUGUGUGUGUGUGUGUGUGUGUGUGUGUGAAUAUAGUGUGGGGCUGUGGUGAGUGACUGUGGUUUGUAAACAUACUGUGGGUCUGUGGUGGGUGGGUGGGGGGGGAGAGAGAGAGAGAGAGCAUACGCACAUACGCAAACAGUCUGCCUCAUGCACCUUCCAGUGAUGAAGCAACAGUGAAAUUUCACAUUGGACGAAAAAAAGUAGUUUUCUUGUAAAGGCAGACUCACUGGAACACAAGGCAAGAUGAAGAAACACUCCUUGCCUUCCAGUAACACCUGACCUUGAGACACUGAGAGGGAGAAAAACAUGAACUGGCAGAGGUCUUUGUUGCCAGACACAAGUAUAAUGUUGGAAGCCUUGGGAGGAGAGAGUUCUUGUAAAGUGGCAAUAUUUCAAGGUGCCCCAGACCAUCAAUGGAUAAAUGUUUAGUUGGUAAGGUUCUGGAUCAGUAUUAGUCACUACCCAGAUCUACAAAGAGACAAUGUACUGGAAGUUUAAUAAGUAAAGUUCUAAUCAGUUUUAGUCACCCACCUAGACCUGAGAGAGACUGAAUAUUUGGUUGGUAAAGUUUUGGGUCAGUUUGUCACUACCCAGACCUGCAGGAGACAAUGCACUGAACAUUUAAUUAGCAAAGUUUUGAAUGUGUCACCCCCACCUUGACCUGUUAAAGAGACAAUGAACUAAAUAUUUAAUAAGUAAAGCUUUGGGUCUAAACAUUUAAUAAGUAAAGUUUUGGGUCUGCUUUAGUCAUUAUCCAGAUCUGCAAGAGACAAUGUAUUGAAUAUUUAGGUGGUACAGUUAUGUGUCAGUCCCUCAUUGUAUGUCUCAGUUUUAUGGAUUGUCAGUCUUCCAAUGCAUACACAUGACCACAUGAGUCUUGAGACGUGACUUCACAUCAGUAUAGAGAUGGACAUUUGCCUUUAACCUUCACCUAGAAACACUGGAGACAGUCAUGCAUUUUGUUAAACCCUCAGUGUGCAUAAGACAUGAGUACAUCAGUAUGAAGGUGGAUAUUUUUGUGUAGUUUUUCCUAUACCCAGGAAACACCCAAUCCACUUGCCACCUGUCAUGCUCUUUGUCAUAUCCUCUACAAGUGCUGUUGUUUACAAAGCUUCCAACAUGAACUGUGCUUAUAGAUGUCUGGUACCCUUUAAAGGAGGAAGUUAAUGAGAUAGAGUCAAAUAUCCCACAUCAUUACUUUUUACAAUUCCAUGCCAUCUUGUGGUUGCAUUAAUUUGAAUCUCUGCCAGUUCUUGCUUAUGAUCCUCCUACUGUUCUUUAAGGUGUUGCAGUGGACAGUCACACUGUCCAACAGUCCCAGGUGGUGUAACACAAAGGUUCAGGCAGCUUCUUACACCUGAGCCAUGAGUCCCGGCGCCAGGACAGCCUGGCUUGGGUUGUGAGCAUCAGCAAGGCACUUCUUGUUAUACAGACUGGAUUGUUGUGGUGAAUCAGCAUCUUGUGGCUGAAAGCUUUAUAUAAGUUUAACCUGAAUCUUAGCACAAGUGAAUCUCAUUAUCAGCAGUGUGAGUACAGAGUCAUUGUACAUUGUAAGUCAACCUGUUACUGAAAAGUGAAGCAGCAUUGUGAUUUAUAUGGUAAGUCAGUUUUGUCUGUUACAGAAAACCAAGUUAAAACAUUUUCCUUUUUAAUAAUGGUUGAAACAAAGUGUGUGGCCACACAGGAUGGCCAGUGCUUACUGUUCAGAGUUUAUCUGAAAGAACAUUACCCUCAACACAAAAUAUGCUUGUGUAUAAUUAUUAGAAAUUGUAACUAUUUUCAUAAAGCUUAAUUCUCA